AUGAAUGAUGAUGUUAUGUCAGAUUUAGGUCCACCUACUGAAAACCCUUCUGAAGAUAUAGUUUAUAACAACUCGACAGACAUGAAUAAUUUCUUGCCUGUUGGUGAACAGCAGGAAGAAGAAAUAGAAGCAGUUAGAAGAAAUAGAAGCAGUUAGAAAUCAGCUUUCAGGAAAUGAACCAAUGCCAUGGCCCACUAUUGAAAGUGAACCAUUGAAUGAAUAUCAGAUAUCACAUCUGGCCACUAUCGCUUUUCCAACAUUAUUUCCAGAUGGGAAAGGUGAUCCCACUAAUCAAAGUAUCUUGAGGAAUGUUCCUCUUCAAGAAAGAAUUAAGCAUCUUUUGAAAUUUGCUGAAUUUAUUGAUGGUAAAUGGGUAUACCGUUUUGCUAACCACCCUAGAUUUUCAUACUGGGCAUUUAAUAUGAUUCACAGAAAGCGUAUUCUACAACAAAGUGGAAUAUUCAUUAAACAAAAUCCAGGUGAAGCACACCUCACUAUUGAUGAGUUACGUGAAAUGGCUGCAAGUGACAACUCCACUUUAUUGAUGUCCAAAGUGUCCAGAUACAGUACAUUGGCAAUAUUGCAGGUAUUAAUGCUUACUGGAAUAAAGUGAGAGAGGAACUGAAAGCUAUAAUAACUAAUGUUGGAGCACCAACAUUGUUCUUUACUUUCUCAUCAGCAGAUAUGCACUGGCCUGAAUUACACGCUCUCUUUGGAGCAAACACUGGUAACGCCACUAGUUAGGUAAGGAGACAAAACGUUAUUAACAAUCCACAUAUAGUUGAUUGGUUCUUUACACAGAGACUAGAAAAGUUUGUAAAACACUGGCUUUAUGAUACACUUGGUGCAAAAUGGCACUGGUUUAGAUAUGAAUACCAAGGUAGAGGUAGUAUCCAUUGUCAUGGUACUGCUAUGGUCAACUUACUCAGACUGCUUUGAAAGGUUUCUUAGCUCAAAAAUUUAAAAAUGAAAAUGAUUGCUCUGACACAACUGAACUGGACCAGGAUAUUGAAGCUGGUCAGAAAGCAGCUGACACAGUAUGUCAGUAUGUUGAUUGGUUAUUAUCAACCGUCAACCCUAUCCACCAGAUGAGGAUAUGUGGAUAA